AUUAUUCUUGAAACAAUUCAUGUUCCUGUUUGGCUCAUCUGGUCAUUAAUCUCCAAUUCUGGAAAGAUUUACUUGUGAAUUUGUCAUGUGUGAUUUUUUUCUGAUCUAUCAUAUGCUUACCUCAUCAGUUCCACUGAGUAUAAUUAAUUUAUUUUCAUACAAAUAAAUUGAAUUGAAAAUGAGUCCAGAGAAAAGAAAAAGUAGAUCAAGCUCUAAAAUUAACAAUGAUUCCGCUGCCCCAAUCUCUUCUCGACCAACUACUCAGAGUCAGAGUGCACAAAAAGUUUUCUUCUUGAACAGUGAAUUGUUGAAAAGUCGAGGGAUCAAAGCAGUGCAGUUACGACAUCCCCGCACUGACAGUGCAGCAAUGUAUUUCCUGUCUGUAGAUUCCUCCAAUAUGAAUAUUAUUUCUGAAGUUAAUGUUUUUGAUGAAGGAAACAGGAGCUGGUUUAUGGGAGAGAGCAUUAUUUCUGAUGGUAAGAUCUACUUAGGAACCCCCUACAAUGCAGUGUACCUCAUACUCCCCUAUCUUAUGAAGGCUGAGCAAAAUGUCCCAUUGGAUCAGCUGCUUGAAGAUGAAGAAUUUCCAUCAGCCAUCCAGCUAGCUUCAUGCAGCAAUUUGUGUUUGAAGAACGUUGCUGAUGCCAAAGGUUCCUCUGACCUGAACGUAUGGAAGUACAACGAAAAGAAGACUUUAUCUUGGUUGGAGGCUCGCACCCGCAACAUGGCAGCAGUGCUCAUGGCGAAGAAGGUACCCACAACUACCGCGCAGGCAUUGACCUUUGUGCGCACCAUGGAUCAGCAGCACACCAAGGAGGCUUAUUUGCAGCUAUCACAUGGCAUUAUUUCGGAAUACUUGCCACCGCUUCUGUCUGAAAAACUGCGCGUAGCCCUUGAUCUUCCCGACCCUUCCAAGCAUGGAGUCAAGCAAAAGGCAACCCACGAGGCCGUGGGACAAAAGGACCAGAAAAAGCCUAAAUUGGAAGGACCUUUGGAGGACUAUACCUGUAGUCCUGGGGCUGCCAAUAAGGUGAGCCCGCCUCUAUCGGCUAAAGCAAAGGCCCUCGCUCGGUCAGCUGUGGGAACUAAAAGCAUCAUGUCGUUUUUUGCAAAAAAAUAAUCUAUGCUAUAAUUUU